AUGGCGGCGGCCAGGCAUUCAGAAACAAGAAAGCUUCGCAGAGACAAAGAAGGCACCCACUUCAGCUCUCAACUCAGACAGGUUGUGUGAUUUAUAUUUGAUAUUCUGUCUAGCCGGUUGAAUAACGAAAUUAUUCAUGUGAAGAUCUAAAAAUCCUAAUCACAUUUCGUCGGCCGGUCACUGAGAUCGUGUGAGCCAUGAAUGAUCAGUAGGAACAAUAAGCCGUCAGUUUAAAAGAAACAGCACGUUUAAAUAGCAUUAUUUGUGACCCCUUUUGUCAUGAUAUGAUAAAUAUACACAUGCUUAAGAGAGGUAAGUGGUUACUCUUCAGUCUUUUGUAAUGCUUGAAGCCUUAAACGUCCAACUUUUAAUGCAACUCAAAUUGGAAUAUUCUGAAGUGUUAGUGUGAGCAAUGUCGGUUGGUGUUAAUUACGACAAAGAUUCAAUGUGGAAAUUUCAUUUUCAGAUGAAUACGCAUGUUAUUGUAUCAGGGCCGUUUAAUGAUAAGCCACGGUAUUCAUACGUUUAUUUACAAGAUAACGUUAUUAUCCUAUACUGUUUAUUUUUUAUGAUUUCUGUAAUAUGUGCGAUCAAACAUUUGGAUUUUCAAUUGAGGGCCAGAGUUCUCGGCCUUUGACGCCGGCUCGCUGGUGUUCCGCUCAAUCACUUCCCAGUUGUAUUUCGUUCCUCUUCGGUGUUGAAUGCAUUCCCACAGUUUGCCCGCAGUUACCUUUACUUCUUUCUAGAAAGAAAAAAAAAGAGUGUAUCUCAAAUUAUCCCAUGUGGCUAUCACACAACUGUCACCAUGAGCUAACCGCCCGCAAACCAUAUCUUUCCGGCCACGCGGCAUGUGACGCCGACUGGAUGUUGGCUGCCCAAACCUACUCACAGACCCCUACAAACAUUUUUUUUAACUUCUUAACAAUGGUUUUAAGCCACACAUGCAGUGCUGAGCGUUGCCUGAGGUACCGAUAUCAAAGACAAAUAUUUACUUGUCGGCCAUGAUCACUCACAUGUUUUAUAUGUGACAGUGGCGAGUAAACACGAAUUGAUAGCAAAUCAAUCAAAUUUCUUUAUUCUGGCCAACUCACGACUGCCUGAUUUUAGAAGUUAGUUAGGACUCUCGUUCGAGUAAGAGCAACUAAUACCCGAUCAUCUCACCAAGAUCGCUAUUUACCGGGCCUUCAGUCUUUCCCGAUAAUGAAGGACUAAAGCGUAGUACGUAACCUGGAAGAAACGCCAAGUUUUUGUAAACUGAGCUUACUUAACUUUAAUCUCGCAAAGAAGCUCUGCGACAUAUUAAACAAAGACUUUGAGCAUUGCCCUGUUGAUCUAUUUUUGUAAACCUGUCGGCAGUCCGAACAUCUCCGAAGACACACAGACUUUAUAUGUAGAACGAUCUUGUAACCUUCAUCGUUGAGUUGUCGUUUAGAGCUAGUGCGACCAGUUUCAUUUUUGUUUCGUGGUUUUGUUGUGUUAUUAUACAAAGUACCUUUUAAUGAGGGUGCGAUUUUCAACCAAGAAAAGGCAAGGUAAUUUGGUAUUACCAACUGAGUUCAUGAUAACGUAAUUUGGCCACCGUAAAGGGUUUCAAAGCUGACAUCUCGAGCGUUAGCCCUUCGUUAGAGCGAAUGAAAGAAAAGACAUCCUUCUUUGCUCAACUGAUUAUUAUUACCGUUAGGGAAACGGUAUACUUUUCGAGAUACCGAGAAGUUCGAGUUAGCUGAUCAUUGAAAAUGUCUGUUCUGCAAGGGAAAUGAUUGAACGUUCGGUGAUGAGCAGGAAUGUUUCUGAACGCUGGUGGUCCUGAGAAAACAUCAGCCGAGAUCGAGUUGUGAUGUAGGCUUGUUCGUGGUUUAUAUGUUAACUCCUUAUACCUCAGGUGAAAGAUAGCAAGUAUACCAGGUAUUGUCUUAUCUCAGACCUUUGCUAGUUCACGGUAAGAAAAAGUACUGUAUCUUGUCUAUCUUGUGCGCCAUGUCAUGAGCUCAGUCAGAAGUUAAAACGACCGGCUCACUUUCUUUUGACCUAGGUCGAUCCUGCUUGCAAUCAGUCGCUCUGACGAAGGUAUAACGCUCGAAACGCCAGCUUUAGAAAUUCUUACGAUGGUCGAUUUACAUAAUCAACUUAGUUGAUGAAGCCAAUUUGUCCUUUAAUCCUGCUUGUGUCGACCAUUUGAUGGUAGGACAACAGCAAGACAAGCCAAUGGCUAUCGAGAGCUGGCAUACGAAAUUUGUUUAUUAACUGACCGAAGUUACCGGACGGUAGAAUUUUUACCACAGCUAAACCGGUUACGUUUUUACUACUCAAUAUUUCAAUCCUGCCUCUGAAUUUUGAAUUUUGAUGUAUUCAUUUAAAUUAUUCAUCCGUGUGCAAUUAUUCUGAAAAAUUGAACUGAUUUACAACUGAUCGGCUUGAAUCACUAGUUGAUUCACAUUUUAGCGAAGAGGGAAAUUGUUGUAAGAGAGAAAUUGGUGAUGAAACUGGACUGACUUGUCUGAAAGCUGAAACAAUCGCCUUCACAUGGUGGCCACGCAAUAUUUUCGGUGCUGACCAUUCCGACAAAGAAUAUACUUUCUUGGAUUUCUCUGGAGAAGAAGUCCAUGACUAAUGCCGGUCUCCCCAGGAAAUGAAUUGAGUAUGAAAAUUUCGGCUUUUCAUUUCUGAAAGAGGUCUAUAAAUAACAUGCUCCAAUUAUUGUUGGUGGAAAUAAAAGCGCAUUGAUGAAACAGUAUGUUAUGGACUAAAAAAAGGAGAUCUGAUUCCCCUCUCUAUUUGAGAGGAACAAGGAAUCGAUGGAUGUUUAGUCAACUGAUUGUUAAAGACUUCUCUUCCAAGCUUAGCGGCCGUUACCACAGGUUACACAUCAUUAGCGAGAUGAGAAAAUUUAAAAGUGAUGCGUCUACAAUUAUUUGAAUAAAAACGACAGUCUUCCAAAAAGAAAAAACAAUCGUUUUUGAUGAAUGGUGGAAAUGGCUCAAAAUAAUACCUUGAUGAAAUUCAUAAAGAGUUCUUGUGCACAUCAUGGACACAUUGUUAACCCUUACAAAUUCCCAUAAUCCACACCCUCGGAAAUAAAUAACUAAUUUAAGAUUUUUAGAGAGUGUUAAUCAAUAUUUACAACUUAACAAACUCCCCGGCUGACAAUCAUAUAUUUAUGUCUAACAAAAGGAAAACAGAGGGUGGAGGGUGCUAUAUUUAGCACAAGCGUCAUGUGACGAGAAAGGAAUUCAGGAACUAACUGAGACCGACAUAGCUGAGACAGAUCGAAACCAUGAAACUUAAGUUAUUUGCGCUGCUAUUUCUGUUAACAUUAAACGGUAUAUAAUUAGCAUAUGGGAAAAAGUUCCAAUUAAAUGUGAGGAAGAUAAAUAUUUUUUACGAUUUCUCGAUCUAUGCUACUAGCACUAAAUGAGGAUAUUCAAACGGUGACGUGUCGAGCAUCAGUUUCCAAUUCCGUGUAAACAAGAGUGACGUGUAAGUUUUUUGUUGCACAUCAAUCACAUGAUCUUAUUUGGAUAGAUUUUACUGUCCUUGAUGCCGUCACUUUAGUCAAAUUUUGGUUCGUGUUGGAUAAACAGGCCCCUACUAUCACAGAGAAAUAAAGGUAAGUUUUGUCUCGAGAUAGACCAUGAACAUAGUCCAACCGGUCUGACUGUUCCGCACAAACAGCGGCACUGAGGCCUUACUGAUUUUACGUAUGCAAAUGUUUGGAUGUUGUUUUGAACUGAUAUCAGAAUAAACUUGCGGGCUGCCGAGGCGAGCUAAGUUUGCUGCGACGUGGGAAAUACGCAGUAUUUGUCGCGUUCUAUUUUAAAGAUAUAACAUGCUUUACAGCAUUUAUUAGGUUGUAUUCGCCAGUGCCGUUCAGUUAAGCAGUGUCUUCUCUAAUACUUCCUUGAUUGGAUUCGAUUACUGCUGGAACGAUGAAACUACCAAAUCGGAAUAUUGUCAUGAAAUAUGUGCGCAAAUUAAUUUUGUUUAACGUCAUCUUAGGUGGUUGUUUUCUGCUUUCAGUGGAUUUGAAACAAUAACAUGCUCUUUGCGGCCUCCUGCAAGAGCCAAUUCUAUGUUUUAAAGUUGUGUAAGAUUUGAAUAUAAUUUGGUUGAUUACGUUUACGGUCAAUUCAUGACAUAGCAAUAUCAUUGUGCAUGUGCAUGACUACCUUUAAUUCGUUCCGUUUCAAAACGUGAUUUCAAGUGAUAAAUAUUUUUGGAUGAUAAUUCGUCUGAAGGAUUGUGAGUUUUCCUGAAAUCGGUCUCAACGAGUGGUCCACUCUUAAAAUGAAAAUGUAUGCAGCGACCCUACUAAGAAUGUAGAAGAGCCGAUGGACCGCAGUACGUUGCUUGGUGCUCACGGAAAUUCGCUGUUAAUAUCAAACAUUUAUGACGUUUUUUUUUAUCAAACUUCUUAAGAUUUCUCAUAAGGGUUACCACAAACUGCAUGUAAAAUUGAGUCUCUUUUAAAGCAGCCCUACAUCAAAAAUGAAAAGUUGGGCGCCACUGAAUUUACAUUCGUGCCCUCGUGCAAAAACUGUCUUCUGCACUCGUAUCCCAUGAUCUAAUACGAUUAUCCAACAAUUCAGUGUGUAGUAGGUGGUUCACUGCUGUCCUUAUCAAAUCCAGCGAAAUACGGCAAAUAUUCUUCUAGGCGGCUCUAUCAGUAAUUUCCGGAUAGGAGGAACUGUUCAAAUAGAUGUAAUGUGUCACGAUAUAAGUUGCAUUACACUCCGCUGUUGAACAACCUCCUUUACCAUGGCCGAACUUGACAGCGUGCAUUAAAAACUCAGAAGAAAUCAAGAUGAAAAUUUACACAAAAUACCCUUAAUGAGGAGCGCUUGAAAACUGUGGCCUUAUGAAAAGUUAAUGAAGGUCUGAUUAUUUAAACAAAGUUUAGCCGUUGUUUCACAAAACCGCGUUCUAAAUUACCUCAAUUUAGCUGAACCUUUUAUCUGUACAUUUAUUCUAUGAACAGCGUCAAAAGGAACAAAAGCUAACAAUUGAAAGACAUUCAUUUAAUUCAAUCAACUCUCUUAUAAAGAAAACCUGAGCCCCACUGAUUAGAUAAAUCCGCGGUUUGAGUAAGAUUUCGUGCAAAUAACCGGUCCUUAACCUUUUCAUUCUUAGGGGGUGACGCAAAAGGUAAUGAGAAAAAAGAAAAUGUAUAACUGCUUCCAUUUUUUGAUUCAACACCAAAUUUAAUUAUAAGAAAUGCAUGGCUCCUUCACUUCAUUUAGCUCCUUCACUUUAAGCUUUAGCCAUACUAAUGAAUUUAAAUUCCGGAAGUUGUUAAUGCCAAUGUGUGACAAUCUUUUUCCAUCCUUGACUCUUUACACCCUAACAUUAGUAUGCAUAUUUUCCAUAAUAUUCUUUAUUUAUUUCCCGUAGUUCUGAGAGGGAGAAUUUGUUGAAUAAUGAAAUUUCUUAAGUUGGUGAUCAUUUUCGUUAUUCUCGUGACCUUAAUGUGUGAUUUAGAGGUGAUAUUUUUAGGAGAAAUUAGAUGCCAGUUACUUCAACAUCUUCGCUCUCUUCUCUAUUCAGUCUCUCAGCAGUUUUCCAUCUCACCAAACAUAUAUUUUUUGGUAAAUCUCGCUCAUAACUGAGAAAGUUUUUGGCAUCGCGAAAGAGUUUCUCCGCAACAUAUCGUGUAGUUGUAAUUCUGAAAAGCAGAAGGCGUUUUUAUCACUAGGUUCGUCUACGCUUCACCCUCCUGUGUUUGUUUUUUUACCAAACUGACCACAACAAAAUUAAAGAGAAAAAAAACACAUUCUCACUUGGUAAUUGUGACCGAAGGGAAGAACAGAUUAAGAUGAUGUAAAUAAACAGAACAUUUACAAGUACAGGAAGGGUGUAACUAAUAUCUACAUUCCUUUUAGCCUUGCCCUGCACUUAGCAGCUAUCAACAGAGUCUCAAACUGACCAAAAUUUGAAAACAAUUUACUUUCCUGCUUGCAUACCCCAAUACUUCUCAGUUUGCUAGUAAGGAUUCGAUACGAAGAGGUUUUGUCAGAAAGCAAAAAGUUGAAAACUAUAUCGCGUCCACUUGUAGAUAGCACAGUCUACUUCUGCUUCCUCGUUCCAAGAUAAUCAGAGAACAUUCGCUAUGCUCCUACAAAUGAUAUAGACACUUCUAGCAAUUUCCAAGAUCUGUUGACUUUAGUUACUGAUUAACCGUGGCAAGUCAACUUGAUAAAUCCCUAGACCUAGCAACGAAGAAGAAAUUUUCUGGCGGACAGUUUAUUAAGAUUUCCUCUGAGUUGAGCUGCCAAGCUUUUUCUUGAAACAGGUGCGGUCUGUAAAGGGAAGAUGCCAUCUUGCCGUAUAUGCAGUCCUCAAGGAAGGAAAUUUCACCGCUAAGUUUUAGUGUUAAAGUUACACCAGCCCGAUCCACGAAUGUUGCGUCCAGAGUAUUUUGCACAAUAAAAUCCAAAGUAAAAUUUUCAACAGAAUUUAACACUUACAUAUUGAACACUAAUUGAACCUUGCAUCUUGGUGCUUCGCCUGAAAGCUGAAUACAACAGGCAUAAAAAUUGUAUUUAUUUAUUUACUUUGGACAAAUACCUGGGAUUACGCGUGUAACACAAGCUACAUUUUUUUUAGAUUAUAAGACGUUGGUUCGAAUCCAGGAACUUUCACGCUAGUGACGCGUUUCCUUAUCAUCUCCAAACUCCGGAUACACAUUUCCUUUCGUUUUGAAAAGUUCUGUAGAAUGCAAUGCUUUGGAGGCGUUGGCAGACAUUUUACACAACUCGCGCGAAUCUUCAUGCGUCACUAUGACGUCAGAGUAAUGCUUUCAUUUCUAAAAUUUUCGUGUAGACAGAUUAAAAUGCAAAUCUAGAGAAGACGGUUUAGUUGAACCUUCUUUCGAUCUCGGAGAGAUUUAGCAGACUGCGAUCAGUGUAAUUUGAUUCAGAAUUAUAGGAAUUACGGUGAAUAACAGGGUAAUGUAUAUCAUUCAACUGCCUUUUACCUUCGUAGAAUUCGUGUUCUAAUAAUUAUUACACUUUCCAACCAUUGAAAGCCAUAGUCAAUCAACCCUUAUGUUGUCACAUCUACUUUCAAUAGUCUUGAAUCCUGUUCACUCUCAAUCUGUCCAAUUCAAUCAGAACUGCUUUCUGAAUUUACUCUCAUUGAGAAGGACCGCGGAGUUUAGCCAGCUUCGAAUGAUUAUUUAUUCAGAUGUGCCAAUAACAUAAUUAAGUUUGAGUAUUUUGACUUGUUUUUUUGUACUUCAUAAUAUCAUGCUUGCCGAGUAGAUUACAUAAUCAAACGACAUUCAAGGGUCAUUUGACUGGAAACUUUCGACCGUGCGAACUUUAGCUACAAGUGAACAGAACAGGAUACAAACACCACUGCUUUUCCAGAUAUUUCGUUUUCUACUUUCGCUAUUACAUAAACAUUUUGCCACCUCACAGGGCAAUUAAAAAUCCUAACUGAUAACAGAAUUAAAAACACGCACUAUUAUUUUUAACAUCAAGCAAAGAUAUCACUAAAAAUAAAUUUUACCCAGACAGUUGGCUGUCUGUUCCCGAACUCUAGUGAACUUCGUUCGCCUUUAGGCUGUUUUCUGCUAUCCGUGCGCUUAGUCGAGGAAAGCCUGUUAAUCCGGUUCCUUGCAGUUUAACAUAAUCUUCGCGUGGUAAUCAGCGCUCUAUUGAUUGGAAUAGGAUUAACUUGAUAACGGAACUCGUUUAGCAGGAAGAAGAAACACUGACCUCUGCAUUCAAACUUUUUUCAUUCUGAGCAUAAAAAAAGCCGUCAGCAAGCUCAUAGAAUGAAAAAAAAGUCAGAGCGGAAAGUCGAAGUGGAAUUUUGAACGUUGGCUGAGAGGAUCUAGGAUACCAAUAAAUCAGUUGACUUAACGUAUCUUCAACGGAAAUUCCAGUUCUGCUCAGCUUCCUUUGCUUAGCUCAAAGUAGUUAAGAAGAUUACAAACAAUGAAUGAAUCGAAGACCCAGUGCCAACGCGGAGGUUGAAUGAUCUUCUUACAAAUAUACUUGAGCAAUGCUCGACUGAUCUGCGAUCUAGACCGUGAAAAAACCGACGUAAAACUUCUCCCAGGUUUGAUAAAAAAUGUGCCUUUUUUUUAAUGUACUUUUAUUUUAUUGCAGAGAAAAAAGUACACUUGCCUCAGCUGUCAUUUCUGAGGCUGUCUGUUAUCUGCCAGAUUUCACUCGGCCAAGUUUUUCAUUGAUCAUUCCGACUUCCUUUUCAAUUUCGAACCAAGGCGAUCUUGACGGGAAAUUGUUUAGCGAGUUAAUUAUGAUUAACUGACUCUCAACGACCUUGCAGCCGACGGCUCCAGUUUAAAUGCUUGAGAUUUUUUCACCAAAGAUGAAAAAAAUAGCGACGUGGAGUAGAUAGCUGACGAGUUGUUGCAAGAGAUUCGAGAUGUUUAUAAGGUCCCACAUGAGGCAAUAUGGAAUUUCAUUUCGCAGUGUAGUGACGUUGUGCGGUUAUUUCAAAUUGACUGUGGUGACUUCUCGUGAGGUCUAUCUUUAACGAUAACCUCUUAAGGACCCCGGUCACACUUUGUGAACUGCGCAAAUAAGUCUAAAUUUUUUAAGGUCGUAAUUUACAAUUAGUGUUGAGCUUGCCAAUUCGCAAACGUCUGGGUUCCUCUCUUAUUCCCUUUAUUACAUUUUCUUCCUUAAUAGCAAACCAUAACCUUUUAAUUUUUCAUAGCGCGAUGCAGGACUCCCCGCUUUUGAGCACCGUGUUUUAUUUUUCGUUUCAUUUCAGUUAAACAAGCCGGUUUUUGAUACUGGGAUCACCUGCCUGCGAUCGAAGUACAACUAAUUUUACUCGAAAAAUUAGAAAGAAAAUAGGACUGGUCUUCUGGGCCGCACUCGAUCAAAAGAAAUUGAUGAAUUUGUUUGUUCGGCAUCUCUUCAAUUCGUUAACUAUGUUACCGGAGGCGACAGAAUUGUUCUAGAAAAUUUAUGUUUACCGCGAACAAUUUAUGCGCUGGUAUGUAUAUGCUUGCACAGACUUGAGUUUAACACACCCAGUGACGUUCGUGACCCGCGGUUACCUUAGAGAAGAAACGAUUCAAAUUGGCGAUGCACUGAAUGACUCGCUCGUUUAUCACAGCGCCAAUAUGACAUUUUCAGUAAUCCUGAUAGUAUCUGCUGAUUCUUUGUACUUGUUUUGUUAUCAUUAUUAUUCCCUUUCUACUUCGUUACUUUCUUACUUCCUGGCGUACAAAGGAGAACUGAGUUAAUCAAGUAGUUAUUGAAAUUACCUCUGCUUUUUCCGAGAUCGAUAACAUUUUUAAAUAUUUUCGAGACACGAAAACCUGAAGUACCAAAAGCACUAGUAUCUUCUUGAAAGUUAUUGAAAAUACCAUUUAAAUCCUUAGCAGCCCGACUCAAUAUUAACAUGGAGCGUUUUUGAGUUGUAAUUAUAAUUGUUUGCCUUCCUAUCUAUGGCCCAAGAUAAAUUGUUUCUUUUUUACAAUAUUCAAAAGCACUUCUGUAUGAUUUUGUCGAAGUAUUAUUAAAUGGUUGGUAGGUUGUUUCAUCUCCAGUCUUUUAAUACGACAGAAUCUUGGUUAUUUGUACUGUUAGCCAAUCUAACUUCCUUGCAUAUCAAAGACGCAUUCACUCCUCUACACGAAACAAUGAAAAACCGUCCGACUGAAACUUGAUGUGCGGCAACAAAUAAUUAUCCGUAUUAACCAAAUGUAAAAUUCGACAUUUAUCUAAAUUAACCGUGGAAUCACCAGAUACAGUGUACGAAGUUCGAUUCACGAUUGGACUAUUUCAGUCGAUCUUUUUUUAUUUGUACAAAAUUGUCGUCAGAGUUAAGCCGGCUAAUGUUUUAGAUGAGCGUUCAUUUUCCCUCGCGCGAAUUGUUGAUUAUAGAAACGUGUUUUCCAAGCCAGCUGGCCAAGGACGCAAUUUUAAAGCAAGUGUUAUCUGUAUCGGUGAUAAAAAAAAAGGAAGAAGAAAAAAAAACAUCUGGGAGGUUGGCAGCCAUAUCAUCGUUUAGUGUUUCGUGAAAACAAUAAGAUUUAUCUCGGAAUAAACGAACCGACUCGCCUAAUACUCACAUCUGAAGCCAUUUUGAUGUCAGAUCAUAUUGUUAGGAACAAGAGAAAAUGAGGAGGAGGUAUCGUGGGUUGAAGUAAAUAACUUUUCACGCGUCAAGUUACAGUUGGAUGGCAAAAGAAUUAUUUUCCCUUUCAGAGAUGAGAGGCAAUUCAUGUUGUGGUGAUCUUUAUGUUUUUUCUUUCAGUUGAUUUAAAAGGUGAAAAUGGCGAAGUUUGGUCCGCCAUUUGCCCGACAUAAAUCCGGGCGAAAAAUAGCGGCUAAUUAUUGCGAAGGAAGCGAGAUCUUUUCAUUGCCGUCAAUCAGUUCACUGUACCUCGGCUGUUCAGGUUUUAAAUUUAAGCGCUUUGAGACCCUUAUACAGUAAAAAUUUCAAUUUGAAUGACUGUACUACAGACACUUACCGAAGACACGCAGGGAGAACAAAAUUUUAGUUUUAAUGUGUACUUUGCCCCCAAGAUUUCGACACGCGUAGUUCUAAAAACCCAAAAAUAAAGAAGCGGAAAACGAAACGUUAUGAACUAAGUUUUGAACUGGGAUCUGCUUCACCAUUCCACAGAUGUAGUUGUAUUUUAAAAUGUUGAUUCGCGGCGUGCCCGGAAAGUUUCUUUCGAGAAAAGGGCCCCUGGUUUAGUCCUCGAGAACUCGAGUUUACUUGUCUAGUCGUAAACUUAAUUUUCAAUAUCAUAAAUCUGUAUCCAUGAUGAAACUGAAAAAGAAAAUUCUACAAGUUUUUUUGAAAAGAAAAGAAAGUUACCGGGCAAUAAUUCUAAUCAUGUUUUCGUCUACAACUUCCUUACACGUGGCUUUAACCUAUGCCUCGUUACAGUGUAAAUUUCGCCUUCGCAGUGCAUCCUGGGACUCGAGGGAUCUCGAAGUUCACUCGUUAUGUUCAGUCAGGGCAUAUGUAAUAGCGUUCGUUUCAGCCAGGUUUGUCGUGGUUUUUAUUCAAAAUUCCCACGUAGACGUAUCUUAUGAACAAGUAUACCUUCCACCUGGGAAGAUUUUCCUCAAGGUAAGCUCUUUCGCGCCGAAAAUGUCGCUGCGAUAAGGAAAUAUCGAGUGGCACCCGCGUAAUUAAGUAAUUUAUUCAACACGAAUGGCGCCAGCCGCUUGUUUCGUUUUCUUACAACCCUCGUGAUAUCACUCUAGCCGGUCUUUUGGCAAAAAAAUUCAGCAACAUUUAAGUUAUAAACUAAUCUGUCGUAUAUACGAGCUUUUUGUAAGCUUUUCCGAGGUGUUAUCGGUUCACGCGUGAAAAGGUUUUGGGCGCGAGUGGAUUUACUGUCACACUUAAGAAGAGGCUAGACGAUUUCAAUCGGUUGAACUGUCCGUUAUCAAUGUGACUUGGCUUUGAGAACUCUUUAUUGAAAUACAAGGUUACUGAAAGCUGCAAGGUGUCUGAAAACCUACAAUAGGGGAAUCAGUGACAUAUUUUGCCUCUAAUCCGACGAUAUUGAACAUCUACUAUACUACGUUAUUGGAUUAGGUAGACAACUGUGCCCAAUGUAACUCAGAAAAACGCGAAAUCGGGUGUUUUCGCACAUCUCUAAAACUUGUUAUCCAUUAGUUUAACAAGUUCAGUAGUUUCUGCUGCUUUGUGGUCAAAAUUUCCGUUUGGAAAGGAAAUUCCUUUCCUGUCUUCACCCAAAGGAGGUUUCCUUGAGAUGUUGUUAAAACCCUAAUUUGGAUGUUUUCAAGUGCGUUGUUUUUUGUGAUAAGCGUUGUGGUAGAGGAAGUAGCUAAAAGAGAUAAUUUAUGAAGCCAGUUGAAGCUGAACGUGCUCUUAUAGUUGGGCUGCAUUCAACUCUAUGGGAUUCAUAUCCUGUUUUGAAGGUGUCAUGGAAGACCAAGCUUUCCUCAUCACAGAAAAAAAGGCUUGGAAAGGGUGGAUGUUUUUUGUGUUGCUAAGGCAAGGAUGAAUUGUAAUAUGUAAUAUGUUAGAGUUUCUCUCUGCGCGAUCCUUCGGACCUAGCAUUUCCUAAAGAAAUCUCUAACAGCCAUCAUUAUGCUGUACCCUUUCUGUCUGUGAGGUUAGACAGAAUGUGACCCCUUAUUGCCAUUCAUCCUUACCUAUCUGUUUUUUGUCUGUAGUGUGUGCAGAGUUUCUUUUAGUUAAACUUGAAUAAAAACUUAAUGAAAGCUGGGUUAUCACCAGUAAAUUUAAAUAUUCAAUCACAUAGUUGAGGGGAAUAUGUCUGAACAAUGGUUUGUUUAUUAAGCUGACCUGAAAGUCACCAUGACCUAAUAGCAAUGAUAAGUUUUUGUUUGAGAGUUUCACAUACUUAAACCUGUAUUUCUUAAGAUCUGAUUUUAACUCUCCCCUCUAGCUGCUGCAAAUUUCCUCGUAAAUGAGUCACAAACAAAAAUUUGGUGUUGGAUCAUGAUAACUUUGAAUGUUCUUGUUACUUUUUGGAUGGUUGUUGUAUGGAUAAUUUAGGGAGAAGUUACAUGUUCAUCACUUUUGGAAGUUAAAGGGUUAGAGUUGAGAUUAGUUUAAGGCUUUCAAUAUUUAGACUCAAACAAUGCAUGGGCACAUAUUUUGCCAUGACUUGUAUUUCACAAGAUGACCAUCUCACAGCUGGAGCUUGGGCUGUCUGUGAUUGGAUAUGAACUGUCCUUGCAUUCUAAUAUUGUAGCCAAUGCACAUUGAAACUCAAAUGCAGCCACAGUCCUAAAUUUCUUAUUUUUAUAUCAUUCUUUUGGCUCUUUUGUUAUGGGAAAUCACAAUCUCAGAUAUGUGUUUGAUCACAAAGAUUUGAAAAAUAUUUAUCUGAGGACAAUUUAAGCAAAAGUAACAACUGUAGGCCAAUCUAUUUGUUAAUGCAUUUUUGUGAUGUGAGGAAAGUUAGGAGCUUUCACUUCCUCAUUAGGCAUCAAACACAAAGGUGUCAAGCUGGGAGGUAUUCAUGUCCGAGUUAGCGAUCUACACAAAUUUUUGCGAGGAAAGCUAAGAGCAUUAACUCAAAGUUAUGUCCUUAGCUGGUCAUGAUAAUUUAAGAUGCCAAUUUUUCUCAAGCACUUAGCUUUGUAUUUGGUUUCAUUUAAGCAUUUUCAGAGUUUGAGCAUUCUCAAAUGGCAUUUCUGCCAAGAAAGAUAUUGUGAAAUGAUCUGAAAAGUCCUGAUUUUCGUCUGUUAGGGAAUUGCUUCUGUGAGUUUGUCUUUUUUAUCAUGUUUUAUGAAAAACUUGAUAGCAGCAAUAAGUCAUGUCCAUUAUGGUCUGUUGACCAAGGAGAAGAUGUGCUUAUGUUUUGAUUGGAUAAAAGGUGAUUGUCACUAAAACUUGCUUAAUUUUAAUAAUGUUGCUUCAUCUCUUAGAUCAGAGUGCAAUGCUUUUCUUUGUUAUGCAAAUUAUGCCCAGCAGCACACUGGGUGUUUUUCACAUGAACAGCAACACCUUGAGUCUUUAGUAACCUUGGGUUGGCUAUCUAAACUAAAUGUUGAAUGUUUUUGAUUACUAGUCCAACUUAUGUUGGGAUUGUGGUACUCAAACUUGCUACUUAGUUCAAGUUUAUCUGGUUUUCUGACUGAAGAGAAAAUUGCUUUUUUCCUCUUCUGCCUAUCAUCAUAACCAUCAUUUACAAAUGAAAUGUAUUUUUUUAUGCAACUACUGCAUUUGACUGAUUGCAAACAACAAAUCCUAUCACAGACAAUAGAAUAGUCCAAUCUUGUUACUGAACUUUUAAUGUUUACAGCAAAGGUCCUGUUGAAAAAUAAGUAUAAGCGUGCCACUAGCUUCAUCCAGUCAAUUCUAGUAAAAACAGCAUUCUGUUUGUGUUCAGUGAGCAGAAACUGAUAAGGUGUUUUGAAGUUAAAAUUUCGAAAAGCACAAAAUUGUUAGAUCAUUCCUUUUGUGUAAGGUGAAGUCAUUUACGGCUAUAUUUGACUCUUAUCUUUUUGUUGAAUUGAUUACUGUUUCAACAGCCAUAUUCUGUUUUCGUGACGCUUCUUUCGAGUCUUUUUUCUCACCGAGGUCAGGCAGAGACAUCCUCUUUGCACGUUGUUUAUUUUCAGUAUGAUUUGAUGUACAUACGCCAACAUCUCAAGGGCACUGAAACAGUAUCAACUGAUGAAAUAACAUUGAUUUUUCUUGCCCAAUAAGAAUUGGUUUAGGAAAUAGAACACCAAAAUAUGGUCCGUCAGAGUAGCAAUAAAAGGGUAAAAUUUUGAAAGUAUUACUAUUUAAACUACCAUUAUAAAUUUCUACUCAACGCAAACAAAAUUGUCGUCAAAUUUGAAGAGUUUCACUGUGAUGACCGAAAGCCGGGUUUUUGUUUCCUUCUGAAAGCGCUCUCUGCUUGAACUUGGUAUCAACACUAAAAUAUUUACAAUCUACGGCUGGCAAAUGUGAUAUUUUAUUCCACUUAAAAGUGAGUGAUUGUGUAAAUGAAUUCACCAGAACUUGUGUCAGGAAUGAUACAUCGUAACUGAAGAACAACUAAGAGAAACAUGGGAUUCCGAGUUUGCCUUUGUCCCUAGAUCUCAAUAAGUGCUAAGUAUUUUCACCUCUUUGUUCGACGACCCAGCGCACACAAUGAAAAUUUUUUCCGACUGUUUCGACUCAGUGCGCUUUCGUUUUUGAGAUCCUCGCAAAGAACAUGCCCAAGCUCAUCGAAGGGUUUUUCAACUGCAAGAUCGGAAUGUUCGCUGAUGUCAGUUUCCUCGCGGACGACCUAGUGUUUUCUUUGUCCCACGCUCGUGACGAUUGUACAACAUCAUUCUCGAAACCCUUAGGAUAUUGCGAAGAAUCUUGCCGUAUCACUCGAGGUAUGUGUGUAUUACACAGGUUAAACCGGUGUUAGCAGCUCUAAACGAUUCAGUGCCAAAGUAAGCUAUAGUAUCCGUGACCUUGAUCGUGGGUGGGAAGUAAUGCUUCACACCUCAAUGAUCGCAUAUUUGCUACUCUUGACUGUGUCUUACAUAAGAAUACCUCAAUAUAUGAGUUCGGUUAGAAAUUAAUAAACAAAAGAGACCAUGAUGAACGCCGCUUAGAGAAGAAGGAACAAGGAUGCCAGAGGAUAAUUAAGAUUGACACCGAUGGCGAAUGAUGAACUUGAAAACUCAGCGCGUAAUUGUGUUAAUUCCAGAACUGAUCUCCGUUGCUUGUUUCUCCCAAUCUCUGCUUUUGUGAGUAUCCAAACGGUUUUGUUUAGAUUGUUUCAUUUACGCAUUACGGUCCUUCCUUCCUGUUAUCUUUCAUGUAAAAUGCUAACUUGCAAACAGCCUUGAAACAAUUUUUUUGCUUCCACCGCAUAAGGGUAGGAAGUCAGUGUUGGACAGCCGCUCAUUUUAUUGUCUGAUCAUUUUGUGUACGGCGAUGACCUUUUUGUAAGCCGUUUUACGGUGAAAUUACUGAACGCUUUUUAUAAGAUAACGCCGCUGAUAUGAACCAAGGGAAACGAGAAACAGUCAGAGAUAAAGGCUAGCUCAAGUGAACUGAUUGUAAGGGCUGUCAUGGCUCAGAAAGGCACUUAGGGAAAUGUGUGUGCGGUUACGUUUUGGCGAUAAGUUAGUGUCAACGAGUUUGAAAGUUGAUACGAAGCCUGGGGUCUGAUUGCGUAACGUUGUAAUGAUUUCCCUCUGCAUUAUGUUAACUUCACGCAACCAGCGGAUUUUCAAGUUGAUAUCAAGUGCUGAAUUCCUCGAAGUUCACCAGAAUAUACAAAAUUGGUUUCGUUUUUUAUUUUUCUUUAUUUCUGUGGAUUUCGAUUCCGAUUUGAGAAAGAAGCUUACAUUUAUUGCGGGCAAAUUACGUGGGAGAUCUUAUUUGCAUUUAAGUUUCUCAAACAAGAAGGUGCCAACGCAUGUUAUGCAAGAGUUAUCAAGUUUAUUUUUUGUUUUUUUGGUGGCUUGCCUGAUACGACUUGUUGAGAAUUCGUGUUAUGAAUUUUAUAAUUAAACACAAAGCAAGUUUUUGUGGUCAAAAUUAGUCUGAGCAUGUAAUUGCAAUUGUCAACUACCCGGAAAAAACUUCUACUUGGUUUGUUUGUUUUGACAAUUUUUUAAGAGCUUCAUCACGACUGUGCCUCAUUUUAAUUUUUUAACUUCGUCAUCUGUGGCAAUCUUCUCCAUAUUUAGACAUCUUUUUUCCUUCCUUUGUUUUAAAUUUCCCCUGGUGUGUUUUUCUAUCUCACCUGACUAACAUUUUGUAGAGUCCUUCGAGUUCAACAUAAUUUUUCUCGUCGUGGUAAAAUGACUCGGAUUAUUGUGACGCAGCCCCGUGUUUUGAUCCUUGAUUUCUGAUUAUGAUGAAUUUUAACUGACAACGCGACAGCACCGUAAAAUAAGUGGCGAAUAAGGUCUUAUAUCGUUGUGUGCCAAACCCUUUAGAGAGACCUAACAAACAUGUAUAGGUUACCUAAUUUUUAUGUCGUUUAGCAUCAAGUGCAAACCAAUUUUUCGACAAUGAAAACAUGGGAGUUUUUUUUUUCUCCUUGUCGUUAUUGUGUAUUUGUCAGUAUACCCAUAAAACAAGAGUAAAUACUUGUAGAUUGGUAGAAGUUUGCGCAUCAAAGUUAAUUUGUCGGAAAUAAUUAAUAAAUCUUGUAUUAUUGCUGUCUUGGGAUUUCAUGGGUUUUUGCGCCGCAACUUAUGAAUGGCUGGUUUUUCUUCAUUUCAGACACGAUCAGGAAGGCAGCUUGAAAAGACUUUCAGUGAACAAUAUCCAAUAUUAAGACGAGCGAGAAAACCAAAGUCCCAGUUAAACGAGGAAGGGAAGAAGCAGAGUUGGAUUAAUAGUGAAUUACACAAUGAUCACAGCGUAACUACGGAUUCUACUCACUUGGAGUUUCUCAGUUACGCGAAUUGCCCCGCAUCAAAAUUACCGAUCACUGAAGAGAGCAUGGAAGUACAAGAGAGACAUACAGUGGGAAAUACAGUAGAUAACCCACCCUUAUUUGACAGUGAGAAAGACUUAACAGAACACAAACGUACGCGGCGGACGCGAGCGCGGCAUACGUCGAUGUUGGAACGUCUGGCGCCCACACCUGGGUACGUAGAUAAAACGCCUGUGGACUUUGAGGGCGGUUCUCUGGCGCAGAGGCGAACGCCGCGGAUGGCGAGUUUGAAUGCUGCGGCGAAAGUAAAUGUGUUUUUUGAACCUUCAAGUCCCUUGGCUGGUAGGAGUAUGUUUGAAAUUCAACAACACGCCACAAAGAAACCUCCUGGAAGGCUUCCAUCUGAAAGGAAGCUCUCAGACAGAUCAAAUUCGAGUUCCAAUGCGGCAUAUGGAGCCGACAUAAAAUUUGACAGAGAGGAUUUUCCUGAGACAGACGUGUUUCUACAAAGUGAAGUUACUUCUACAUGGGACCCACCGGCGGGCGCUGGAGUGAUCGUCAGUCCUAAGGGACUGGGCCCCUCACUAGAUACGGAACUCGCCGCUAAUAAUUUAGAAUUUGUUCCCAAUGGGCACAAAGCAGGGAAAGAAAACCACAAGCGAAAACCUGAGGCAGACUCUACCUCUGAAGGUGAAAGGAAAACGAAGAGGAUAUUCCUGGAAGGCAGUAAUGAAACAGAUAAUACUGCAGAGAAAGAAGAAUUGUUUGAGUUUGAAGACGAGCAAGAAGAUAAGGACAUAGAAUGCGACACAACUACUGACUCACCUCCUAAGACAAUGAAGGACGCGUGUAUCCAAGUAGACCUUCCACGUCCCCCGCUCAAACAUGUGCGUGUGCUCUCUGUACCAAUUAAAGGACAGCUUGUCACGUCAGGCGGUCCAGUACCCUUCACAAAGAGUCACUUGGUCACGCCUGUCACGCCAUCUAAACCUCCACCUGAACUUAAAAUGAGUAAGACGGCCACUACCAAGCGCGCUGUCGGGUUGAACCAUCAGGCGAUGGAGAACGUAUUUUCGGCAAAUGAUGGGCCUCUUGGCCGUUUUAAAUCAGUGGGCGGAUUGCUUCACGAGCGCAACAAGGCUAGGAAAGCCAAAGAGUUCAUCAAAAUGCCCGAGUCCUCAUCUUCUGUGAAGCUUAAGAUCCCUAAAAUAAACUUUGCGGCGACUUCCACGUCCACUAUGAGUGCGGGACGAAGCCGACCCGCGGGAAACCCGUUAAAGAGCAUCCAGCUAAAGAACUUGAAUAUUCAUCUUGAGAAGCUGGCUGCUGAGAGAGCCCGCGCGGAACCAAAGCAACCCAAGGUUUGUACGAGGAAAGCAAGGGAAAGUCGUAAAGAUCUUGCUAAAGCUAUCCAAGGGUAUCCUUAAGUAGCCUGCGAGCAUUUCUUAAAUAAUUGGUGCUGCAGCACGCGAUUUUCUCCACCCGUGAGAAGAUUUGAAACAAGUUGCCGGCGAGGUCUGCCGGGAGUUUAGCAUUAUCAGCCCCAGACCCCUCGCGGACCUCUCGCGGCUCGCGUUGCUCAAAGAUUCAGACUUCGGGCAAAGAUUCGGGCAAAGAAACGCACGUGCAGAAGUGCUAAAAUUGAGGGUUGGUUCGAAGGCUAAUCCUUAAGUAACAUGUAGCGCAUGGCAACUUGGGCCUUUAGCAGUGAGAGUAUAUCUUCCAAAGUUGUCCGAUUUUGGCUUCAAAGCCUUUAAUAAACAGCAGACGGAUUCGGCGAACGCGUUUACAUCAUCGUCUCCACCCGAUUCAGAUGAUUUGAUAAUUGCUUUGGUAGGUUACACUUGUGCAGUGUUUCACACAGAUGAGUACAAGCGAGUAUGUUUGAACAACACAACUCUAACAUCCAAAAUGAGCGAUAAAAUGAUCUGAAUUUGGUGGCUUGUAUCGAAGAUGACACGUUUACGCUUAGCUGAAUCCGUCUUUUGUAGAAGCUUCUUUUUUAGUAUUCCGCAUCCAAAAGAAAAACUGAAAAAAAACAAAAGCCAUUAAUGACUGUACCAUGAUCGAUUCAAGUCUGUGUUAGAAAAUAGUGUAUUAGCACGAGCUGGUACCCUAACCAUAGGGAGAACUGACCCUUAUGCAGGGGUUUCAAUAAUUUUCGGUUGCCUGCGGUCUGCGGUCUACCUGACUGUAAGACCUCUUAUAGCCGUCUGUUUAGCCUGCGUGUAGGCUCUCGUGUUUGAGUUUCGCCUUACGGCCCCUCUCCAGGUACAGUCGCAUAUUACACCAUUGGCAGCCUCUUGUGGGAAAGUUUUUGAAACCCCUACUUAUGCUGUUAUUUGGUUGGAAUUGAGUGGUAUGCUUGUGACUUAAAUCGAACGCUUCUCUUAUGCGUUAACUAUAAAUCAGCUUUCACCAGUAAUUGAUGGGGCGGACAUGUCAACUGCUAUUGUUUCUUUCAUUCUCAAACAAAACACGCCGAUUUAUUAACUAGUUAUGUUUAAGGUCUUCAUUAUUAGCGCUGCGAGACGAGCGUUUCUCCGCCCGUGAGAAGUUUUGAGACGAUUCGGUAUGCUUGCAUAUCGACUUAUUGACGAGAUCGUUAUUGUUAACUUUACAGAGAACGAAUGGUUGGAUGUUCAUCGGCGAGCCUCUUGACAAACCGUAUUGCUACGUAAGUAACAGUACAUACGUUUGCUACAUUCAGUUAAAUCUGUCUUAUUAUUACUGCUGUAACCAGUCUCCUUAAGGAAGGUUUUUGAAAGUGUCCUCCCCUGGUACACUCUUAACUAUGUAGAUAUGAAGUAUGUGAAACACAGUUGCAUAAAAGUUAUGGAAGCACACACCAAACAAGUCCAGCGUGCAAUCAUUGGGAUAAGUGCCGAGAAAUGAAAUUUUUUAUUUGGAGAAAGUCGUCACAGACAUAUUAAUAGAUUAGGCAUAUUCUAUACCCAACACAGCGGUCAAACGUCGGGCAUGCGCGAGAGGAACAAUUCUGACCGGCCAGCCAAUUUCCCGCGCAAAAUUUUAAAGGAAAACAUAAAAAACGGCCAUUGUCUCGCAAAAUAAGCGAAAGAAAAUUGAUGCGUUCAAAAGUAAUAAAAGUAGGGAAAAGUAAAACUCGAGAUUUUUCGAACGCAAAGCUUAUGUAAGUGCGGGUGUCCAGUUGAUUUACUAUUCUGUUUUGAGCUUUGCCUAAAACUUAAAAGUUUUUUUACAAAACAACGUGAUUUACUGGCUUGUGUGGUCGUUUGUAACUCGUGUGAGACAACUUGGUUCUGACAAGAACACUGCCUUGGCAUUACCACGUUCACACAUGCGCAAUUUGACCGCUGCCUUACUAUACAACAGCCCGGUUAAUUUCUGUAAAUAUGAUAACGUUCAGACCGUCAGUUCUCCAAUGAUAUGACUUGUAUUUACCUUACAUGUUUUGUACGCACCAUUUGGAUAAAUUACCUCUUACAAUGGCUUUAAUGUUUCCUCAUGAUAAUUUUAAAUUUGGCCGCCUGUUCGGUAGUCUCCUUCGCAGCCGUUCAUGGGUUGUCACUCAACAUCUCUUUGGGGUAGUGUUGCGGGGCAUUUCGAAGAACAGCGACAAAGGAGGCUAUAAUGUUGGGAAAAAACUCUCGAAUUUCUUCCUAACAACUAACAAGACGUGACCUCACUUUCAGGACGAGACUAUAGUGAUACGGCGGUAUUACAGCGGUGUUCAGCGUGGAGAUGAGAUCAUCAAUGUGCGUGACUCGGUUCUCCUCAAAUCAGGAACCCGAAAGAAGGAUCCACCUUUCGUUGCACGUGUUUCAGGGCUGUGGGAAGAAGACGAAGGUGGGUUUGUUGCUUCUUGUUUUUUUUAGUUACGCAACCAGUGCCUCUGACUUUUAUCAAUCUGCAUCGUUUCGAUGGGGAAGGCUUUGAUAUUAGUUUAUUUAUUAGAAAAAAAGUCUUCUCACAGACAUUUAAAACAGAUACGACCGGUUUUGCAGGAUCACUUGAGAUUGCAUGGUAGUCAGUUAAAUUCGAUAGCGAGACUUAAUUAGGCGCCGUUUUGAAUUUUGACCGAAGGUGACAUUUAGAAUGUUUGUGUUGGACGACUGCAGCUCCCAAAAUAAUUUGAAGACUAUCGCACCCUUUUAUGAGGUAGAUGCUAUCACAACCAUGGCAGAAUUCCUUUACUCCAUGUUAACAAGGAUCAACAUAUUUUUUAGCAAGUAGUAAUAGAAGUCUUCCAAGUAAAUUUGCUACUCUCCAAACCAUUAAAUUUUAAAUCAUUAACAUUAACCUUGUUCCUCGGGUUAGUGUUGUUCUGUAGUGGCCGCUUUAUUAUGUACUAAUCAUUAGGCAGGUGUUUCAGUUUAUCAAACUAAAAGUAAAAAGGCAAAUAACUUUUUUCUUGUGGCAUGGCCUGUACUCGUGAAAGAAAACCUUCUUUUCGUUUACACUUUGGCAUUGGCAUGUGUCGACUGACACCGCCUUUUCCCGAUUGCAGGUCCGAACGCUGGCGAGAUGAUGAUGAGUGUGUUUUGGUAUUAUCGACCAGAGCAGACUGAAGUCGGGAGAAUUCCAAACUUUCAUGGCGAUGUAAGACACCGUUUUUUUUUAAACUUCAUGUUCUAGUGUUGAUUGAAGUAGUUGAACGUAAUAUUUCAUGAAAUGUGUACGGCUGCUUUACCUCGGCAAUGAUUCCUUAUUCUUUUUUAUUUUUUCCUUCCUUAAACACUUAUUUUUGUUGUUUAUGGACUAUAAGUGUUUCAUGUAACACUGUUUCUGUUUUAGAAAAUGUCGUUCACGUUGCAACUCGUGCGUGCGUGCGUUUGUUAUCCGUAAAUUGUAACGAUUUCUCUAACUUGUCUUAGACAAUGUUGCGAUCGCCUUUUUUUUUAUGAACUAUCAAUAGAUGGAAGUGAUGGCAUCGAGGCACAAAGAUGAUAACAGUGUAGCGUGUAUUGUAGACAAGUGCUACGUUCUCAGUUAUCCAGAGUACUGCAGGUAAUAUUACUUAAGAAAACAACGCCUUCUUUUAUUUAACCUACAUGUCGUAUUGUCUCGUCUCUCGGCUUCUUCGCCAUAUUUUUUGAAUUAUGUAUGCUUUUCUAAAUUUUAAAACAUAUUGAACAUCCAAACAAAGAGCCGGCAUGGGAAUGCCCUCCACUCUUCACCUCCUUGUCGGUCACGGGAUAAUUAAUAUAGAGAUUUAGUCACGCCUAAAAGCGGAGCUCGCAUUUUUUUUUUCCGCACGUCUCAAGGGCACAACGCCUUGCCCCGGCCAGGAAUAGAACCCAGGUCGUCCGACUCGGAGCCCAGUGCACUGACCACUGGACCACUGAACAAAGCCGUGACGUUGGCGUGCCCGCGGUACAGUUGACCACGCAUGUUAAAAAAAGCACCUUGUACGGUCGUACAACCAAAUUUUGUCGGCUUGAUGGGUUACUACCAUUUUGUAUAAUUAUGGGGUUACGCUCUGCGAGCUCCGCUAUUAAUUACAUUGGACACUACCUUAGACUAAUAAAUAAAGGAUGUAAGUUUGUAAAGAAAGUGUAGUGUUUUAUCGGUGGCAGAGUUUAACCGUAGACUGAUGUCAUACUCUAACACACUUACACAUGCAGCUGUUUCGAGAAAGUUUGUUGGAAAAGAAAAUACCAAAAGUACGCGCAACAAUCUCGAAAAGUUACCUGGGUAUCCGUUUAUCAACGAAUUUUAAUGAGUCAAAUAAAUAAUUAAAUAGAUAAAUAUAUUCAUCAAACCCUCGUCCUUGCUGUGGCGUUAUCUCAGAUUUCCUUGAAAUCCAGAGGUCAAGAAACCAUGAUCUGACAACUACCCACGAUACAUUUCGGGGUUGUCGCGUGGUACUUUUACGUAUUAUUUAGACAACCUUUCUCGAAACAGCUGCAUAACAAAUUUGCUGUUAACUUUAAGCUUGAUGUUAAUGGCACUUUUUAUUUUUUGUUGUACAUGGCAGGUUCCGUGCUCUUAAUAGACUCUUUCGUGAAUUCAGAGAAGCUCCACUCUCUCCGGUUCCCCCUGGAGAAAGUACGAAACCUGGCUCGGUUCCUCAGCCUCGAACAGAUCCCAAUCUGGUGUUCUUCUGCCGGCAGGUGUACGAUUAUCGUAUGGGUAGAAUCAUCAAAAAUCCCGUGUGACAUACCCCAGGGAUAAAAACCUGGAAGUACCGUACUUGUGGCGCGUGACUCAAAUAUAAAUCACUGUAAUUAGGUCGCACUCUAGAGAAAAUUCUUCAACACUACUGAAUAAAUGUCCACGGGGCAAAUAGCCAUGGCCACUUAUAAAAUGGUCAAAUUCGAGUAGUAUUCGUAAAGAGAGAAAAUUACACUUGAUCACGAAACUUUAGGAGCUCAUCAAAAUGGGAUUUUCCUAUGAUAAAACUUUCUAUUCAUAAAAAUUGACACGUCAGUUCUCUUGUGUUGGUUGAUUUGUACCAUUUGUUUCUAUUUAACCAGAAACUCGCUCAAAGCAAAUUUAUAGACAAUUAUUUAUAGACGAAAACUAAAACAGUUCACCUACCUCGAUAAUUAUGUAUUUUGUGUUACUUUGUCAACGACGGUAACUAGUUAUAGUGUAGAAACGAUCCAAAUGAUGUUUACAAUGUGAUAACGACUAUUGGUACUGCACUAAUAAGAUAUAGACCCCGUUUGUGUCACUUUUCUUGUCAACGGUGUAAUUUUUUAAGUUUUCUGCCCAAACUUUAUGGAUUACUUUUUUGACGUGAUGAGGAUAUUCAUUAUCCUCUUUGGACAUUCCAUAAGUUAAUCUUUUAAAAAUUUAAGUUGCAAUGAUUAUUUUUAAUUUGUCAAACAAGUUAGGGAACAACGGCGAUGUUAUUCCAGCGAGUGUUACGAGUUGCGCGUUACUUUAUUAAAUCGAAGGUUUCCAUCUCUGAUAUUGUGUUUUCUGUUGGCAAUUAUGAGUGAUAUGCCUCGGA